CGAAUAUCUUGGAGUGACAUUUAGGAUUAGUAGCAUCACAGGGGCUUUAGAGGGUUGAAUCGUUACUGAGUUGCGGUGUACUGAGUGCUCAUUUGUCUUUGUUUAUAGACUCGUUUAAACGCGGCUGAUAUGGAAGUUCUUAASACCGAUAAAGGAGAGAAAAACCAUAGUGAUGGACUUACAUUUGGAAGGAGCAGAAAAAAGAAAGGGCUACUAAUCGGUAUUGCAGUGAUCAUCAUCAUAGUUAUCAUUGYAGUGGUGGUGACGGUAGUCGUUGUACUUGAACCCAAGAAAGAUGCCUCAUCAGGAUCCCCUGCUGGCCCAUUGCCUCCUCCUACCGCACCACCCGGCGCGGAUGGACCCUACAGCCAAGCCGCAAUAGCUGCAGACGUAGGCAAAUGUUCCGAGAUCGGACGAGAUAUCAUGAWGAAGAAUGGAUCUGCGGUAGACUCGGCGGUAGCCGCGUUGUUCUGUACUGGUGUCAUGAACAUCCAUUCUUCAGGGAUUGGAGGUGGUGGAUUUAUGGUAGUGUACAAUCGUAAAAACAAAUCUAGCGAAGUGUUUGACUUUCGUGAAGAGGCGCCGGGAAACGCCAGCAUCAAUAUGUAUAUUAACAGCUCUCUUGAUUCACGAAUAGGACCAUCAGCGUCGGGAGUUCCUGGCGAAGUGAAAGGAUUCUAUGCUGCCUGGAAAAAAUAUGGCCGGCUGCCAUGGAAAGAACUCGUCCAACCAUCYAUCGAUCUGGCAACGAAUGGUAUACAAAUAGCUGACAAUGCAUAUUAUGCUAUGACMAGGUCAUCGGUCAAGAAAUACAUUACAAAAGAUCCUGGAUUAAGUGGUCUGCUGGUCAACAAAAACGGAGAACUUAAAAAACUUGGCGAAGUAAUAAAGCAACCCAAACUGGCCAAGACCUUAGAAUCYAUAAGAGAUGACCCUGAAGGCUUUUACUCGGGCAAACUAGCAGAAGAUAUYGUGCAUGACGUGCAGUCAGGAGGGGGAAUCAUAACACUACAGGACAUGAASAACUAUCGAGUAAAGAUCAGAAAGACAUUGCAUGGAACCUUGGGGGAUUAUCAGUUGCACUCUAUACCUCCCCCUGGAAGUGGUGCUGUCAUGUCCUUGGUGUUUAACGUACUCAAAGGAUAUAAUAUGACGUCAUCUGCCAGAAAGGACGUCAACAGUUCCAUCCUAACUUAYCACAGAAUUGUAGAAGCCUUUAAGUUUGCUUAUGCUUAUCGGGCUUUACUCGGAGACCAAGACUUCGUGAACUUGACAGAUACAUUGAGAAACAYGAGUGACCCAAGCUUUGGAGAAGCUUUACGCCACAAGAUUUACGACAAUCAAACAUUCACGGACUACAGAUACUACGGGGACUUUUAUUCCAAAGGUGACGGUGGCACAUCACACUUGUCGUUGAUAUCACCUGAAGGGGACGCUGUUUCUGCCACAACAACGAUUAAUCUWUACUUCGGCUGUAGAUACCGUGGAAUUCGAACUGGAAUCAUUUUUAAUAACGAAAUGGAUGACUUCUCUACUCCUGGAGUAAAGAAUGCGUUCGGUGUUGAACCAUCUCCAGCGAAUUUUAUCGUCCCAGGCAAACGACCAAUGUCAUCGUCUGCGCCUGCGAUUAUUGUUGACAACAAUGGCGACGUGCGAGUGGUUGCAGGAGCUGCCGGCGGAACUAAAAUCACCACUGCUACCUCACUGGCUAUAAUGAAUUUUCUAUGGUUUAACCGUACCCUGACCCAAUCAGUGGAAGAUCCAAGACUUCACCAUCAGUUAAUGCCMAUGUACAUCCGAAUAGACAAGCAAUACCCUAUGCCCCAGGCCAUCAUCGAUGGACUAAAGAGGCUUGGUCACACGGUCAGGAAAAUAAGUGGUUUCGCUGUUGUUCAGGCUGUUGCUAAGGACAAGAGGUAUUCAAAUAAUGAAAAAGAGAAGGGGGUCACCGUAUUGGUUAUCGAGAUAUAA